AUGAUACCAUUCCGCGUCGCAAUCCCUUUCUACCGUACCAGCCUGCCGACAAUCCGAAGGUUUACCCUCGCAACCAGCCAUCUCCACGACAACCGCGAUACCAUCCGUACCAACCAUUAUCGCUAUCGAAAGCAGCCCUAUGGCACUUGGUUUUCGACUCCCACGCAACAACAUCAAGAAGACAGUACCGAAUCCACAGUCACAGAUGAACCCAUCAGAAGCCCUGACUUCAGUGGCCCACCUGUCCAUCGGUUGCCCCAAGAAAAUAUGUCCGAAACCGAAGUGGCACUGAGGCUUGCACGCAGAGAGCUUCAAAAAUACGAAUCCUCAAAGUGGUGGGCAGAGGCGGGGAUUAAGCAUACUAUUGCACGCGUCGAUGAGCUUUCCAAACAGCAUGAGCGAGAGAAAGAGCAUGCGCGAGAGAAAGAGCAUGCGCGAGAGAAAGAGCAAUUACUUCGGGAGAAAAACCAUCGUCCAACACAAUCAAAAGAGGAGUUGCGUGCUCUUUUUGGUCGACAAGAGGAAUCGGUGGAAGAGACAGAGGAGAACAAGCGUCCCCUGCGUAAGAGGCCUACCUAA